AUGGCCGAGUCUAACCCAUGGGGCUUCCCACGCCUUCGCCGGGCCGCGACAUCUUUUCCGGGGAACCUUCACUUGGUUUUGGUGCUGCGUCCCACGACUCUGUUCGGCUCUGCCCCGAGUCCAUCCUCCAGCACCGACCUCGGCUUUCGCUUCAGCCAGGAUGACUUCCUCCUUAAGAUGCCGGUGGUGAUGUUGCGUUCAGUGGGAGAUUUGUUGCGCUACAUCGAUGAAAACCACCUGACAUCAGAGUUCACAGGGAAAGUGCAGUACUGUCAGAGCGACUGGAUCGUCCUCAGAUCUGCGAUAGAGACAUUUGCUGUGACGGUAAAGGAGAUUGCUCAGCUUCUGCAGCGCUUUGGGGCGGAGAUCUCAGAGACGGAGCUCCCUGAUGAACCUGGAGCCAUCGACUUCCUGCUGCACUCUCACACACACCGGUACAGGCAGCUGAAGGAUGACAUAAGAGGCGUACUGAAAGAGGGCCGUCUGCUGUUUUCAAAUCUGGAAACUGUGAAAGCCUCAAAGAAAAGUUCAGAAAACCAAAGUGAAAUGCAGUCAGACAUGGAGACUGUACAAAGGCUGCUGGCUCAGCUUAGAGACAUGGAGGAGGCAUUUGAUGGUUUCUUUGAAAAGCACCACUUAAAACUUCAACAGUAUCUUCAGCUUCUGCACUACGAGACCAACUUUCAACAGAUGGAAGAGACGUUGGAGAGACUCUCUGCUCAGGAAAAAGCCAUAGACUGUAUUGGGACAACUGUCAUUCAAACAGAGCAACUUCUGAAAGACCUGGAUAUACUCAACACACAAGCUGAGGAGGAAAUGUCGCGAGCGCAGGUGCUGAUUCUUCAUGGGCACCAGUUGGCAGCGAACCAUCACUAUGCCCUGGCUCUGAUCAUCCAGCGCUGUAACGAACUGCGGCACCACUGUGACGUCCUGUCCACCGCGCUCCGCUCCAAACAAGCCUCUCUGACCCGCGCUCGUGACCUGCUCUUCAGACUUGAGGAGGCUCUGAGAUGGUGUGAUGAAGGAGCCUAUCUUUUGGCCAGUCAGAUGGUCGACAAGUUUCAAACGCGAGAAGGAGCUCAAGAGGCAUUGCACAGUCUCAGCUGUCACCAGGAGAGGGCGCCAUCUGCUAUCAAAAACAGCCACACCACACUGAGCCUAGAGUUUGAAGCCAUUCUUACUCCACAGCUGGAGUCCCAGAUUACCAUGGUGACAGAUAAACUGAAUACAAUGAGGUCUAUGAUCAGAAACAGGGAGCAGUGUCUGAGAAAACUGGCUGACAUCCAGGUUCGACCCAUUCAGUUAGUGGCCCCCCGUCCUGAACCAGACCAAAUGUCCCAGCGCGGCAAGUCUCCCCUCUUCUCUCCAAAACAUGGUGUAGACUUCAAUGUCCUCAAUUCCAAAUUUUCCUUUGACCUACUUCCAGGAAAGAGAGCCUUAAAGAAGAACAACAGCCAGCCAAAAAUUGAGGUGAUGCACGAUUACCAGGGAAACCGCAGUUGUUUGUAUGGACCGAUGUCAGAAACAGACUCUGAGGCUGAGGACAACCCUGAGCAGGUCACACGUCACAUCAUGAAAGAGCUGAUAGCCACAGAGAGGAUCUAUGUGGACGAGCUGCUUUCUGUCCUUCUGGGCUACAGGGCAGAGAUGGAGGACCCAUCUGUGUGUAAUUUGCUCCCCUCAGACCUGCGCAGCCAGAAGGACGUCCUGUUUGGGAACAUGCCAGAGAUUUACCAGUUCCACAGCAGGAUGUUCCUGCAGGAUUUACAGGAUUGCCUGGAGACACCAGAGCGAGUCGGGGGCUGCUUUCUUCAGAGGAAGGAGAAGUUUCAAGUAUACGAGCGUUACUGCCAAAACAAACCCUGCUCUGAGUUACUAUGGAGACAGUAUGCCGAUCUGCCGUUUUUCCAGGAGUGCCAGAAGAAACUGGAUCACAAACUGGGCCUGGACUCUUAUCUUCUGAAACCAAUCCAACGACUCACCAAAUACCAACUACUGCUCAAGGAGCUGUUGAAGCACUGCACAGAGGAGCAGUACCGCUGUGAACUGCAGGAGGCACUAGACUCAAUGUUGGAGCUGCUCAAGUCUGUCAAUGACUCCAUGCAUCAGAUCGCCAUCACUGGAUACCAGGGCGACCUGUCCCAGCUGGGCCGUGUGGUGAUGCAGGGGGGCUUCAGCGUCUGGAUCAGUCACAAACGCGCUGCGGUCAGGAUGAAGGAGAUGGCCCGCUUUAAGCCCAUGCAGCGCCACCUGUUUCUGUACGACCAUGCCCUGCUCUUCUGUAAACGCCGAGAUGAAGACACACACGAGCGGGCACCUUUCUACAGCUUCAAGUCCUGCCUCAGAAUGACUGCAGUCGGCAUCACAGAAAAUGUCAAAGGAGAUGUGAAGAAGUUUGAAAUCUGGUACAGCGGUCGAGAAGUGGUUUACAUUGUCCAGGCCCCCACGGUGGAGGUGAAAAUUGCCUGGCUCAGAGAGAUCCGCAAAAUCCUUACAAACCAGAAACGACUCCAAGAUGAGUCCUCUCUCUCAGAUGCUCCUCAUUCAGAAAGUGCGUCAGAUUUUUGUGUGUCGUGGGUUGGACCGUCGGGAGGAGGCUGCUCAGCGUGUCUCCAUGUCCCUCACAGCUCCACCGCAGGCCACACCCACCUGCUCAGGGGGGAGGAGUCACAGCACACAAGCCCCGCCCUCACCGACCCUGUGGUGCAAUCGCCCAGACGCAGUUGGCCCAUUCCCCAUUCUGUGGCAAUUUGUGAAGGCCUGGAAGACUGGGGAGCUACAGACCUCUCUGCCAUAUCUGACUCUGAUGAGGACGAACCUGCACCUCUCGUGGCGGGCCGGUACAGGGUAAUGGUGGAGAGCAGCAUGGCGAGCACUGAUGACAUCAUAUUUAACUGUGGUGAUGUCAUUGAGCUGUUGCACGAGGAGGUGUCUGGGAUGUGGAUGGUGAAGAACAUAAGCCGAGGAGAAGAAGGACGGGUUUUACCUGAAGAUUUGCACAGGAUCCUGGGGGAGAGCUGCUGAUCUAAAACAACACUAUGGCACCUGCAUUUAUUUAGAGCCAC